AUGAUUUUGACGGUUGCGGAAGUUACUAACGAGCUAUUCAAGCCUUAUGGUAUGAUUGCUAGUCCUGAUGAUGAAUACACAAAAGUUGUUGAUACAUGCAGAAGUUCAGGCAUGAGUGGGAGUUCUAAAACCGCUCCGGUAGUUAAAUUACCACUUUUACUGAAUGUUGAUGAACCACUGAAGGAUUCACGGUGGUAUUUUGUACGUAGUUAUACGAAAGCAGAUCUUAAGAGGAGGUUUACGAGUGAAAAGAAUACCCGUAAGGUGAAAGUUUCGCUCAAUGCUAUAGAAAAACAGCCAUUUUCUAUGCAAACGUUCAUUCCAAUGGGCAGAGGGCCUGAGGAUAUAGCUUAUGUUGUCGUGGUGGCGAUUCCAGAUGAAACUGGAGAGCCCGCGUUAAACACUUUGCAGGCGUUUGCGUGUAAGGGCACGCAGGCAAUUACAUAUAAUCCUGGGAUUUGGCAUUCUCCUAUCAUUUCGGUAGGAGAUCAUGAGUACUUGGACUUCUAUGUGCUAGAAUGUGUAACGGAGAGCGGAAACCCAGACGAGCCGGGCCAUGUCGAAAGGGUUUAUGUAGGGAAUGGCCAUAAGAUAGAACUAUAUUGCUAUCCGGAUGAUCAACAAUAA